AAGAUCAUGAAUUUUGGCCUGCCAUGCCUUGCAUAUGGAAUAGCAGCAAUAUUCCUUAUAUCCCAUAAGGAAACUGUGCAGACUUCCAAAGGAGAAGUUACUAUUCACUUUCUGUACAAGGAGGAUAUUGGAGCACAGUACUAGUGCAAUGGAUUUUGUGGUUGUUCAAGUUAUCCAAGGAAAGAAUUUUCCCUCAAAUGGUGGGAAACUUAGUUUUAGGAUAUCAUGUGGACAGACGGAAGCUGAUAUGGAACAAGAAUGUUGGACAGACAAUGUAGCAAUAAAUCAAGAAGUGGCGUUUCCUGCAGCAGAAUUGGAUAAAAGAUUAUUAGAAUUGGAACAAUUGACAUUACUAUGUACAUAUGUCUCAUCAGAUGGUAGAAUUCAUGCUUAUGAUUCCCUCAGUUUGUCAUUUGACAUAAAAGCCAUACCAAUUAAAAAGUGGUACAAACUGAAACGUGCUCCCGAUACUUACGUGACCGAAGAGCCUUCUCUACUUAUUUCUAUUUUUCACGAAUGCAACGGAGAGGCUACACCUAACGUGGAUUCAACGACGAACCAAAGUGACCAAGUGAAACCUGAUGAAGUACCCGAUACCGGUAAUCGAAAAGCAGGUCAGUUGAAGCCAGUUCUUGUCAAUGACGAGUACUUCCUAAUAGAAGACCCGAUCGACACCGACGAACAAAUUUUCUUUAACCUGUCAGUGACGAUAUCAUUUGCCGAAAACCUCUUCAACUUGUUCCCGUCCAAGAGCCUUUGGCCUUCAGAAAACAUCCCGUUUGAAUUUCGAUUCAGUUUGUUUGGAAGUCCUAUUCGUUUCAAGCCCUUCAAGUGUUUGCGAAACCUUACUGAAAUUGGAGAAAGAGCCACGGCUAAAUUAAAGGGUUCACCAAAGUGUGUACUUCGCUUUCUCAAACAGUCCAUGAAAACCCUUACUAUACUACUUUGCUGUGAGGACAUACCCAUCGCUGAAUCCAUUCUACCCAUCAAAGAACGCAUAGAAUAUUGCCAAUUAGAGCACCGAAUCUUAGAAAAGCUACAUCUUGAACCCAUAAAUAUUUCAGGAAUCUUCCCAAUGAUCUCGCUGUUGGAAACGGAAACCAAGGAAGCAUAUUCAACCCCAGUGAAGCCCCAGAUUGGUGUGGUAGUUACGUUAUCAGAAGCUGAACAAAGAACUAACCAGCCACGUAAUCAAACUUAUACCACUACUACAGCCGGUGAUGUCUCUUCUGUUAUCUCAUCAGAAUGUACUGAAGUCUGCUCUGAAAUUGCCAGAUUUUCUUCGAAAAAGAACCAAAACCAUCGAGGGAAAACUGAAGAAGACAUAUUCUAUGCAACGGCGCUAGAACUUGAAGUUUGGAAGGAAGAACAAAAGCUACUGGAGCAAGAAAAGCAAGAGCGCUCGAGAGCUUCUUACAUGGAGUUAUUAAAUAGCGAAUAUUGCAGACAAGCAGCCGUGAAAGAGGCAGCAUUUCAACGACGAGUGCGUCGUAUCGAAGAACUAGAAAAGCAACUAGAAAAUGCUAUUCAAAGUACGCGGCAAAGUGAGCUAGAACUCCGACAGGAAAAAGAACAUUUGAAUAGGCAACGAGCUCAACUGGCACGGGAAAAGAGCCUAGUCACCUCAGAAGUUGAACGUGUGACGCAGAGCUUGACAACCAAACACAAAUUUGAACUGGAAGCAGAAAAAAGACGGCACACUGAUAUCGUCAUGGAGCUACGCCGUAAACUCAAGGCUCAAGCGCAGAAAUCCGCCGAAGAAAGCAAACGAAUCAUUGAGCUAGAAAAGGAAUUGUCUCGUUUGAAACCAGCUUUGCAGUAAUUCUGCGUAUCUAUUUUUAAUGGUUUGCUUCAAUCUUUCAAAAUAGAUAAGGUAGCGUAAAUAAUAACUAUAAAUUUGCC